AUUUUUUUCACAUACGUUAUUUUAUGUCUUUUACUGAAAAACAAGUCUUGCUGUCCAUUGAAAAUCAUGUUGCUACACUGACAUUAAAUCGUCCUCAAAAGGGAAAUGCACUGACUGGGGAAAUGAAUGCACUUUUGUUGGAGUAUUUACAACAGAUCGAAAAAGACAAGCAAAUUCGUGUGGUGGUGCUUACAGGAGCCGGCAAAUUCUUUUGUACGGGCAUGGAUUUAUCUCAAGCCAAUGCGUCUCAGGGCAAUAUCAAGCGCUCGUUUGACCAGGGCAUUCAAGUAUUUGAAUAUUUCUAUCGGUUUCCUAAACCUAUUAUUGCACGCAUCAAUGGUCCUUGUCUUGGUGGUGGCAUGGGACUCGUGUUUACGUCGGAUAUUCGUGUCGCCCAUCAGGAUGCUUAUUUUGCCUUGACUGAAGUAAAGCGUGGUAUUAUUCCUGCUAUUAUUUCCCAGUACAUUGUGCCUGAAUUAGGACCACAAAAAGCACGUGAGUACAUGUUGACUGGGAGAAAGGUCAGCAUGAAAGAAGCAUUACCUUAUUUGAGCACAAUAGUGACAGAUAUGAACCAAUUGGAUCAACAGGUGUCCAUGUAUACAGGCAUGUUGUUAUCUUCUGCACCAAAUGCCAUGACCAAUAUCAAACAAUUAGUGGACACUAUCCAAAAAGGUGCUGACCUAAAAAGACCUGGUCGUAUUCGGGACAGUGUACAAGAAGCUUAUAUUAACAUGAUGCAAUCAGAAGAAGCAGCUUAUGGUAUUAAGGCCUUUGUAUCAAAAAAGAAAGCAGAUUGGUCUGCUUUUAUCAACUCCAAUGCAAAAUUGUAAGUCACUAAACAAAUAAAUCACAUUUGCAUGAA